GGUGAAAGACAUCGCGCACAGUAGCACUGGAGAGUCUACAAGAAAUGGCGUGGGAAAACACACUGAGGGCGGGUGAAUCUGGCUAGUCGUCUCUCUUUCGUUGUCUGCACUCAUUAGAUCUCGUCCCAGAGUUUUGAGAGCUGAAGUAGAGCGUGACUUUAGACAAUAACAUCCUGCGUAGGCAAUAGCGAAACUGACAAAGAUGAACGGAAUGACAGAGAGAAAAAAACGCGGGUCCAGUCCUCUGGUGAGGAAACGGCAAUGGAUUCAUGUUUUAAUGUAGUGAAUGUUCACGCGUGGACGUUUAUUACUGUUUAUUUGGUUUAUUACAAGCGCAUGCUGAACGGAGCAGGCGCGAGAGGUUGAAUGCAGCCGCGCAGCGCGAACUGUCUACCGCUUCUGGUGAGUGUUGUGGAACAGGGUGAUGGGAGUCCAGAACUCUCUGUUGCCGGGCUUACGGCAUGUCACAAAACAGUUGGCUCAACUUCUGCUGCUGGUCCUACUGCUCUGGAUGCUGUUUUUCCUCGUUGUCUUUACCUACUUCACUGACUCCCAGGUGAACCAGCCCCAUAAGAUUACCACAUUCAACUCUGAAUCUGAACACUCAACCUAUGUUCAGCAUAGUUCCCGGGCCAUCAUGGCAUCCCAUAAUUCCCACUGGCGUCUGUAUGCAGACAGGAAGGGUCCUUUCCAGCACAGGCAAGUGUUUCAACCUCCUCGCGCUAGAGAAGAGUUUUAUUUCAGGAAUUUUGGCGAACGUCAUCCAAGGGCUAGGAAGUACUUGAGGAAGCCUCCUAGAAGUGGCUACAGUGAUGACUAUUUUUCCAAUGACUGGUCGGUGGUUCGUGGUCUGUGGAAGGGUCAGGUGUCCUCCAAAAUGCUAAACCAUCGACUCCAGCAAGCCUUGAAGGACCAUGUUCACUCUAAUAAGCACAAUGUUCUCUACAAAGGCCAACGAAAGGCAAACAAGAGUGUAGAGGAGAUGCUGUGUCAGAUGAAACGGCAAGCCCAACUCAGGACCCUGGAUGGCUCUGAACAGCCCUUUGCUCACCUAGGUUUUAAACAGCUGGCUUCUUCUAAAUUGCAGAAGAUGUACACAACAUGUGCCGUGGUGACUUCAGCAGGGGCAAUAUUGAACUCAUCACUGGGACGUGAAAUUGAUUCCCAUGAUGCAGUGCUGCGUUUCAAUGCUGCACCCUACAAGGGCUACGAAAAGGACGUGGGCAGCAAGACAACCAUUCGAAUCAUGAACUCUCAGAUUCUAGCAAACCCCAAACACAACUUCAGCAGCAAUUUGCUUUAUAAGGACAUCACCUUGGUAGCCUGGGAUCCUGCUCCUUAUAACAUUGACCUGCAUAAGUGGUACCAGCAACCCGAUUAUGACCUGUUUACUCCAUACAUAAAUCACAGGAAGAAUUUCCCUGAGCAGCCCUUUUAUAUCCUGCAUCCUUCAUUUAUCUGGAAACUCUGGGAUAUUGUGCAAAGCAACACAAUGGAGAACAUUCAACCCAACCCUCCUUCCUCAGGAUUUAUAGGUAUAGUCAUGAUGAUGAACUUUUGUGAGGAGGUCCAUGUGUACGAGUACAUUCCUUCUAUGAGACAAAGUAAUCUGUGCCAUUACCAUGAGAAGUAUUACGAUGCGGCCUGCACAUUUGGGGCAUACCACCCUCUGCUUUACGAGAAACUGCUUAUCAAGCGAAUGAGCACAGCUUCUGAGAAGGACCUCAAGAAAAAGGGAAAGGUCACACUGCCAGGAUUCAGUAAGAUCAACUGUCCGCUGUGAUUUACAGACUCAAACGUACCGCAGCGUAAAAAGAUGUAUGGGAUGUAUGGGAAAAAAAGUAGGAAGAGAGGGUUUAAUAACAAGUUUUUCAUUUCCAAAAUGUUGGGAUUUUGUAGUCACUGUCAUUUAAAGCUGCUCACAUUUUGUAUAUAAAAAGGACAAUUACCUUUUUAAAAAAUGUUUAAAUGUGGUAAGCUACAGUAUGAAAUGAGCUGAGAUGGAAAGAGAUUUCUCUUUUCUGUCUAUCUGUGGCGAUGUGGUCAUUUUAAAUAAAUCUUUUGCAGUUUUCAUUGGUUAGAUGAAAAUUCAAAGCUGUUAAUAUACCAUAGAGUCAAUAUCAUUAGAUUUUAACUGUAGAGAAAUGAUCAGUGUAAUUUUUAAAGGUGUUUUAUACAUGAUUUAUUUCAUAAUAUGAAUGUGAACUACUACUGACAAACCUCUGAGAUAAGACAGUGUCUAACUUAGAAAAGUUUAACACUGACCUAUGGGCAUAUAAUUUCUAUUAACCUUUUUAUAUUUUUUGUGCUUUAGUAAAAUGUUUAGUAAAUGUAUUUCAAAAACUUGUAUUAUAUUUUGACACAAAAUGGUGUCUCAAGCUGUACCCAUACUUAACUGCUGUUAUUGUUUAAAGAACUCACAUUUUGAAUGGAGUUUAGUAUUUUUGAUCUUUUCUUACAAUCAGUUUUGUACUUGACAUUGUUCUUUCUAUAGGCUGGUCAUUUGUUUCAUCAUAGUGGAUGUUGGGUUAAGACAAUGAAAUCAAAAGAAAUGUUAACUUUUAUGCACCCAUGGUGGUUCAGUGUAUACGAGAAGAAAUCAAAUCCCAUGAUU